CUAGUAUCUUUGUGGCGCCCCGCCCAAAACUUGGUCGGCCGACUCCCGAUCGGUUAUCUCCACGCCUGUGGGUCUCACUCAAUCCGCUACAAAUCCGAUAUCGCCCAGAUAAAUAGGCACGUCUGACUUAGCUCCCCCCUUACAUUUUCCCACAACCUCUUUUCACUGAUUUCUAUGGCCAGCACGCUGAAUAUCAAUACGUCUCGUAUCAAUGCAGACCUCAUGGAGUCGUGCCAGUGGGGAUCAACCCCUGACGGUGGCAUGAACCGCCUGACUUUGAAUGACGACGACAGGCGCGUGCGGGAGUGGUUCAUCUCGCAGGUGAAAAAGUACGGGUGCACCGUCCGGGUCGACGCUGUUGGUAACAUCUUCGCGACGCGUCCGGGCACGAACAACGAUCUUCCGCCGAUCGGCCUGGGCAGCCAUCUCGACACGCAGCCCGCGGGUGGCAAAUACGACGGUAUCGUUGGCGUGCACUCUGCACUCGAGGUCCUCAAGAGUCUGCAUGAUAACAAGGUGCAGACGUACGCACCGAUCGCGGUCAUCAACUGGACCAACGAAGAAGGAGCACGUUUCCCUCCAGCAAUGCUAGGUUCGGGCGUGUGGGCUGGCAAGUUCUCGCCUGAAUAUGCAUACGAGCGGACAGAUUUGAAGGGAGUCAAGCUUGGAGACGAGCUCGAGCGCAUCGGGUUCAAGGGAAAUGUUCCUGCUUCGCGCGAAGCUAACCCACUUUCUGCGCACUACGAAGUGCACAUCGAGCAAGGUCCGGUUCUCGAGGCUGAGAAUAAGCCUAUUGGCGUCGUCACCGGUGUCCAAGCAAUCAGCUGGUUCAACGUCGAGCUCCGCGGCCGCGAACAGCACUGCGGCACGACACCGAUGGACCGCCGCGCCGACACGCUGCUCACGGCCGCACAGAUGAUUGUUGCGAUCAAUGGUAUUGCGCUCUCGAUCCCCGGCUCACUCGCGUCUGUCGCGGUCAUUAACAGCACACCGCAGUCCAUUAACACACUCGCGUCUGUGGUGCAGUUCAACAUCGACGCGCGCGCGAAGGAUGACGAGACUCUCGCACGGCUCGAGGCGGCACUCGAGAAGAAGUGUCACGAGAUCUCGAAGGAGGCGGGAGUCGAAAUUCGCACGUGGGACCGCUUCUGGAACGCGAAGCGGACAGUGUUCAAUGAGCGCAUGGUCGGUUUUGUGCGGGAGACCGCGACGGAGAAUGGGUUUGGGAACCGCGAUAUACAGAGUGGAGCGGGACACGAUUCUGUAUACACCGCGUCCAGAGUUCCAACUUCAAUGAUUUUUAUACGGUGCAAGGGCGGUAUCUCCCAUAACCCGGCAGAGUACUCAUCGUCGGAGGAUAUUGCGGCCGGCGCGCAGGUUUUGCUUGGUGCCACGCUGAAGUACGACGCAUACCUCAAGUCUCAAGUAAAAUAGGCAGACCACCUUACCUAAGACUCCGGAUGUAUACUAUGUCAUAAGACUACAGGAUAGCACUGGAUCUCGAGCAGGGUCCGUUUCUUGACAAUCUUGAUUUUAGGCGACUGUGGGUGACAUGACGCUGGCCCAGGCGUCCAUCGAUCGCACCCCUCUUCUACCCCCCUCCAGCCGUGCAACACUUGCUAUCGUGGCAUCCCGCAACGCCAGAACCACGCUCCGCUCCCUCCCGUCUUUCACAUUCUUUUGCACUUCCUUCAAGAAUCCUUCGCCCACCACGACCGAAGUCUCCCAUAGCCCAUCGUACACACGUGCCCCAGGCGUCACCAAGGCCUCCUUCUCGACCUUGAGCCCACUCGCAACCGCGAGUUCCUUAAUGCUUGCCGGCGAGAGAACCGUCCGCACGUUCGAGCUUGUCUUCUCGGGCGCCUUGCGACACUCGAGCGCAGCCUGCGUAAGCACGGCGAGCACGUGUGCGUGUGCGGGGUGCGUCUCCGCGGUGCUCAGACUCCAUUCCGCGA